ACUAUCCCGAUUUCGGAAGGGAGAUUAGGUCGCAAGGGAACACUACCUCACCGCGAGAGAAGGUUACAACACUGGUUUUUCGUCCAGUCAACGAUUCCGAAUUGAGAGAACAUAUAGCGCGUCACAGCUAGCACGCGCAGUGAACUAAAAUCUCGGCGUGCUCAAAUCUUUACGUAUGUGCACGUGUUUCUCGUGUUCGUCUUAUAAUAAUAAUUCUAAUAUUUAUAUCAGAUACAGUUCUGUGUCUACUAAACAUUUACUGGAUUUUAAUAUUUUUCGAACGCAAAACAGUCUUUUGGCACUUCUGUUACUGCCGUUAGGUUUGGCUGUUAAGAAGUCAUUGAAAAAAGAUGACCAAAUCAAACUUUUUUCUAAAUCAGAUGUACAAAGAUCGUUUUUGCUGGUAGUAGAGGAUCCAGUAAAUCUUUCUACAGAGCGAUCAAAUCAAGAAGACUGGUUGAAAAGUAACGAUCUGACAUCCAUCCUUUUGUUAUUUUAUGCGGAGAAAUCAGUUCCAUAACUGAAUCCAUGGUUAUUUUGAAUGGUGUCAGAUAUUUGUUUGAUAACCCACUCAAAGCUGUGGAAGCAUGUUUUAAGUGCUUGAUAUCACUUCGGUCAAUGCCUUUUAUAUGUGAUUUCUUAUGGACAUUUCUCGGGAAAUUAGUGUACUGCAUAACUGCAUUUAAGGCCUUCGCAGCAGUAAAUAAGUUAAUUGUUGAUCUCAAUAAUUAUUAACAGUCAGUUAAAGUUGGAACUAUCUUACGCAUUGUAAAUGAAAGCUUUUUAAAUGUGUUAUCAGUUUUAAACGGAAUGUAUAUAAUAUGUGCUUAAUUAAAGUUGAAAAUAGUUUUAAAUAACUAUAAAUAAAAAAUUAAAAUUUUCCUGUCAGAAUCUUAUUAUUAAAAAAUGGAUCUAAAAAAAUUGUAAAUCAUCUUCUUAUGUUUAUUUUGUCACUCUAUGGUAAUCCUAAUUAUCCAAGAAAUUUAGUUCAAGAAGUCAUUGAUGAAAUGGAAAAAUUUAUUAAAACGACUUUUUUAACGUCCAUGCAAGAUGAUAUUUUUCAAAUUUUAUCUAAAGAAAAUGUUCCCGACAAUGUAAAGCGUAAUAUUCAAAGAUGUUUUAACGAACACAGCAGUAUUUUUGUCAAAGUAAAAACCGAACAGUUAAGAUUUAAACUACUUCGAAAUAUUGGUUUUAUUGAUCAUCAGAUGUUUGAGAUUGGUACUGCUUUUAUCCCGCAAUUUGUAAAUAACAAAUUACGGUUUUUAACUGAGAAAUUGUAUGCGGUGCAUGUUCCUUUAAGAGAAACCCUUAAAGUUUUUUUUAGAAAUUCCGGGAUUAUUCAAUCAAAUGUUAGAUCACAUAAGUAAAUUGCAAAAAGAAAAGAACAUAAUACAAAUAUAAUGCAGGGCAAUUUUUGGAAAAAAAAAUUUCUCAAAAUUCUGAAGAAAUUGUAUUACCGUUAAAUAUUUUUUAUGACGAUUUAGAGGCUGGAAAUUCAUUAGGAAGUCAUGCUGGAGUAGAUAAAUUUGGAGUAGUUUAUGCCCAAAUAGCAUGUCUUCCAGUGCAUAUUGCUUCCCGACUUGUAAGUAUCCUUUUUUCAACUUUAAUAAUGGUUAAUAAUAAAAAACACUGCACCAACCAAAGCUGCUUUCGAAAAAUCAUAGACGAAAUUAAUUAUUUACAAACAGUAGGGAACGAGAUUAUAAUAGAUGGUAUUCCAAGAAAAAUAAAAUUUCAAAUAGCUUUAAUUAUAGGGGAUAAUUUGGGUUUAAUGAAUCAUUUAUUUCGAAAAGUUGGUGUAGAAUUUGUAAAGCAACUGCGGAACUUGCUGCGAAAUUAUUAGGAGAAGAUGAAUCAUUGUUGAGAAAUAGGGAAAAUUAUGAAAAAGAUCUUAAACAAGGGGACCCGUCAGAAAGUGGUAUAAAGGAAGAAUGCGCUUUUCAUAAAAUGUUUAAUUUUCAUCUCACCGAAAAUUUGUGUGUCGAUUUUAUGCACGAUGUAUUAGAAGGGGUUUGUGUUUAUGAUAUGUCAGCAAUAGUGUCUGUAUUGAUUUAUAAAAGGGAAUAUUUCACGUUAGAAGAAUUAAACAGUUUAAUUGACAACUUUCCUUUUAACGACAAUGCAAAUAAACCUCCAGCAAUUUCUCGCAAUAGAUCAAACAAUCAAGCACUUCUAAAAAUGUCAGCGUCAGAAAUGCUUUCUUUUGUACGUUUCUUUGGUCAUAUGGUGGGUCAUUUAAUUAUCGACAAAGAGGAUGAAUACUGGAAGUUGUAUAAAUACCUUCGACAAAUCAUAGAUAUUCUUAGUUCACCGCGAAUAAUCCCUUCUGAUGCGAAGCAAUUAAAAAUUCUUAUCAAACUUCAUCAUGAAUUGUAUAUUCGUCUUUGUGGACCUUUGAAACCAAAGUUUUAUAUCUUAUCACACUAUCCGCGAAUUUUACUUGAAAAUGGCCCUUUUACUAACUUUUGGUGCAUGAGGUUCGAGUCUCGUCAUCGAGAUUUAAAAACAAACUGGAAAUCAACAAGUUGCAAGAAAAACGCUUUGGUUACAGUUGCUACAAAACAAAUGUUACAAUUCUGUGAAAUGAUUAACACCUUCGAUUGUAAAACAACUUUUGUACUAGGCUCUCGAAUGAGUGAUGACAUAUCUGAAGAAUGUUAUAAAGAAGUAAAUAUUUGUGGAACACUAUACAAACUUGGAACAUUUGUUGUAACUAAUAUAGAAAAUAGUGAGAAAGAAUUCGGUAAAAUUGUUAAAAUUGACAGCAAUAUUUUUUUCUAAAUUGAAGUUUUCGAAGAAAUAACAUUCGAUGAGCACUAUCACUGCACUCCUAUAUCAUUAAUCCAAAAAGUAUUACGUGUCAAAUGUUUAAUCGAAUUGAUUUGCCAAACAUCGCGCCUUGUACUUAUGUAGUGAGAGAAGACAUUCAUUUCAUUGG